AUGUAUCGGAAGUUGUCUAAGUUAGAACACUCGGAAAUAAAACAACUUCUUACAGAAGCUAAUAUAGAUGUUGCAAAGCAUUACGCAACAAACAAAAAAGCACUCGCUGACUUCAUUAAAGACUAUAAUGGUGCAAUAAGUUAUGAUAGAAUUCAUGAGUUCAUAAAUGCAAGAGCAUUUCCUUUAAAUGACGUUGCUAUUGACUUAUAUCAUAGACGUUCAGUACCUCAUGAAGUAAGAAGAGAAAUGUUUGACAUAACAAAUGCGAACGUUGGUCAUACUCGUAAAGCUCUUUCGCAUGAUGUUCGUCAAGAAAUGUUUGAACUUACGAACUCAAACGUUGGUGAAACACGAAAGAGAGACGACACACUGAAACAACAGAGAAGAGAGAUGUUUAAAAGUGCUAUAGAACAAGUUCGCAAAGCUAAUAAUGUCAUUCGUUCCAUUGACGACAAACCAAAAGAAGGUGAGAGAUGGUUAAAGAAAGAUGAAGAGAAUAGGAAGAGGAAUGUUAAGACAGGCAAUAGACUCAUUGACUUUAACAUCGAAGCUUUAGAUGAACCAAACAGAGACUACUUACACAAACAUUUCGGUAAGGUUUUCAUGAGACUCUUAGAGAAAAUUAAAAUAAACUCACAACAGAGAUGGAUGGUAUGUUAUAAACUUGGUGGAAAGUAUGAAUGUUCUACGUUAAACCUCAAUAAUAUUGGAACAUUACUACAUCAGCUCUUGAAGGAGAACUUUAUAUCAGAGAUAGAAGCAAAUGCUGCAGGUAUUGUUGAAAUGCACUAUGACUUCUUCUUGACAAACAUAAAGAAUCUUACUGAAAUAAAGAUGUAUGAUUUAACAGAAUAUGAAGGCUUAACGAUGUCAGAUGUUAAGAAAGGAAAGCCACAGAAGCGACCAUAUAGAGAUGAAAGCACACUGACAGAAAGACAGAAAAGAUUAUUGAACAGACUUAAACAAUCAGGAGAUAAACAAGAUAUAGAUGACUUCUGGAAUGAAAUCCUUGGUGAAAAGAAGUUUUAUAAGAAGAGAAGCGGUCAGUUCUGGAAGUAUCUUUGCACAUUACCUAUAAAUCUUGAACGCUACCAAAUCUUCAAUGAACUGAACAAAAGAACUGCAACACUUAUGACAGAAGACAAUUGUUUCGUUUAUGCUUGCAUUCAGGCUGGAGUAAAUGAAGAAACUAUUGACCACAUGAGAGAAGUCAUUCGUGUUAGAGACUUUCCACAAAGUAAAGUACAAGAAAUUUCUGACGCAACAGGUAUAGCAUUUAAUGUUACCAUUG